GCGCUCCGAUGACGACACUGGGAGAGGCGGUGCAGCUUUGCCACGUCGGUCUUGUAGCGCAUUACACUGUUGCUCCUCCAGCCCCAGACUAACUUUUAGAGACGUUUUAUGUUUACAAACGAGGUAAAAGCGAGCCUCCUGCGUCGCCGGUGCCGCUGUAACACGUACCCACAUCGGUGCAGUGUUGGAUACUGAAGCUGGAAGGCGGAGAAAUGUUCGCUGCUGUCUUGACUCGUCACACAAACUGACUGAUGCAUCCUCGUUCUGUUCAGUUGAGUCCCCCCGCAUGUUGUCGAUGUGGUUACAUGGUGGCUUGUUGAGAAGAACGGUAACUGGCGACCAUGCCAGGAGGUCGCAGGGGUCCCAGCAGACAGCAAAUAACGCGCUCCUGUCUGCCGUCCCUGCAGACUUUAGUUGGAGGUGCUGUUGGCAAUGGCACCGGGCUGAGGAACAGGAGCAGUGCCUCUGUGGGUCUAUCUGCCCCGCCUCUUUCUGCCCUCAUCACCCCAGAGCCGGUCCGCCACUCGAGGAUCCCCAAGCUGCCUCUGGACAGCAGCCUGCUGUUUGAGUUCCUGCUCUUCCUUUACCUGCUGGUUGCCUUGUUUGUCCAGUACAUCAACAUCUACAGGACAGUGUGGUGGUACCCUUACAGUCACCCUGCUGCCUCUACCUCACUUAAUUUCCAUCUAAUGGACUACCACCUGGCUAUCUUCAUCACUGUCAUGUUGGCCAGGAGGCUUGUUUGGACAAUUGUAUCAGAGGUGUCUCAGAGCAGCGGAGGGUGUCUGCUCCGCUACGUGGUACUGAUAACAGCUCGACUCAGCCUGCUGACCCUGUGUGGCUGGGUGCUCUGCUGGACGCUGGUCAAUCUUUGCAGGAACCACUCUGUGCUCAACCUGCUCUUCCUGGGAUACCCGUUCGGUGUGUACGUCCCGCUCUGCUGUUUCCAUCAGGAGGGAGGGAAAAGCCAAACAAUAGCAUCUGACUGUGAUUAUCCAGCUGACCACCAGCAGACCGACCUGACAGAGUCCCCGCUCUUUCGGCCACGCGACUUCCUUUUCCUUUUACGGGAAAACCUAAGAGAGCAGUUUUCCAGCCCCCCACACAUGCCCACGCACUCGUGCCCGGACACACCGGAGCUUAUUCGAGCAGAGGUGGAGGAGCUGAAAAGUGAUUUUAACAAGAGAAUCAAGGAAGUGCUAUUCAACUCUUUGUUCAGCGCUUACUACGUAGCCUUCCUGCCUCUCUGCUUUGUAAAAAGUACUCAAUACUACGACAUGCGCUGGUCAUGUGAGCAUUUGAUCAUGGUGUGGAUCAACGCGUUCGUCAUGCUGAUGAGCCAACUGCUCCCCCCCGGUUACUGUGACCUGCUGCAUCGCUCUGCGGCUCAUUUGGGCCGCUGGCAGAAACUGGAGCAUGGCUCAUACAGUAACGCUCCCCAGCAUGUGUGGUCAGAAGGCACCAUUUGGCCUCAGGGGGUGUUGGUACGACACAGCCGAUGUCUGUAUAAAGCAGUCGGACCCUAUAACGUGGCUUUGCCCUCUGAUGUUUCUCAUGCAAGGUUUUAUUUCCUGUUCCACAAGCCGUUGCGGAUCCUGAACCUGCUGAUCGGGAUCGAGUCCAGCGUGGUUUUAUACCAGUUAUACUCUCUGCUGCGCUCUGAGCGCUGGAACCACACGUUGUCCCUGGGCCUGAUUCUCUUCUGCAACUACUAUGUGCUUUUUAAACUACUCCGAGACCGCAUCGUUCUGGGCAAAGCCUACUCCUGCCCCCUCUCUACCAACAGUUCGGGGCUCAAGUCUCAGUAAAGCAUCAGCAGUGAGACUUUGCCCGUGAACCCUAGUGGCUGUGAGGGUCAGGAGACGGACUGUGAACUCAUAUUGUGUUUUGAUACGGUUCUAUUUUUAAUGCAAUGUUUAUAUUUACCUAUUUAAAGAAUAUUUUUAUUUUGUAUACUAUUUUGUGUUACACCGGGCAUUACCGCACUGACAACAUUAGCAUGUUGUGUUACGUUGUUGCUAGGCGACAGGGAAGUCGGGGAAUGCCUCGGGUGACUUUCACCAAAGAUAUUUUAAGUGCAAGCGGCCAAUCAUGGAUCGAACUUGGCUUCAGGCUGUCAGUCGGACGAGGUGUGAGCAGCCAGAGAUGAGAGGAGGUCGUUCCUGAGAUCCUGAUGGUUCUGUAACCUGUUUAAUCCCCCAGUUUUUAAUCUGGUCACAGGGGGGUUCUUAAUUCCAGCAGUUUGCUUUUGUUCCUAGAGAAAUAGUUUCUCAAGUUGUAAAAAAGAAAUGUGGUCAGUUAAUAUAAAUAACUCCUUCAUUGAUCUCAUCAGAGUGACCGACGCGAUGAAAACAGUCUGCUACGUUUUCCUCUUUUGGUGCAGAGUUAAACACAACCGAGUAGAAAUUGAACCUUCAGCGUUUAACCAAAUGCAGAUAAAUCAACCAGGUUCAGUUGCAUCUGGGUGGGUUGGGCAGCUUUUUUAUUUUUCUUUAUUUAGAUGGAGUCAAACUAAACCAACUGGUUUUCCCAGCUUCAAAUUCACCACAAACGCCCUGUGAGUAUUGACUUUUCUAAUUAUUAGUAUUAUUUUAAUUUUGAGCAGAGAAAAGGGUAGAUCAUAGGUCCUAAAUGUUGAAUCUUUUCCUGAAGAAACUAUUUUUUAUGCGGCAUUUCACUAAAUGUGUGUUUCCUGCUGGAACACAUCUGAAUAACGGUCUUCUGGAGGAGAAAAAACAGUCAUGGAGCAGGAGUUCAUCCGAAACAUGAGCUGGUGCGUCUCGAGGACCAUGAAUGAGAGAACCGGGUUAGCAAAGAAAUAUUUCAUUAAGCAUUUUUGGAGAACAGUUGGGAUAGGAAGAGCUUAAAAUUUGUAAUUUUUCAUCUACGUUUAAUAUCUCUCCAACUCUGUAGCAGAUCGUUGAGUCGCUGUUUAAUUAAUUUAUAUCCAUUUUUAAUUUGGAUGCAGAAAACGUGGCGACUAGUGAUCCUUCAUAUUUACAGUUUUAGCCAUGGUUGAAGAGGCGAGUUUACUUUGUUUAGUCUCAUUUUGAGACAUCCUCGUGCCUCAGGUGUUUUAUUUCUGCCUUAGUUAAAAUGGAAAGUGCUACGAAUUACCACUCAAACCUGACUCACUGUCAGAUUAAAAAGACCAAAUUAAAUAUCCCCAAAGUCUAUUGAGUUCCAGAAUAUUUUCUAGGUUUUCAGUUGAGUUGUUUUGGAUAAACGUUCUCUUGAAAUCAGACUUUUUCUGCUUUCUGACACUCCUUUUUCUGCUCUUUGGUGAAUUUCUCCAUCUAAGUUCUUCUGAGUUGUGUGGGUACUUUUUUGUAGUUGAACCCAGCCAGCCUUAAGAGCACAGAGACUGAAGCGUAGGUUUUGACUCAUUUGUGGUUUCUUUAAGUUUAUCCUAUCAGGAAAUUUCACAUUUUAAGACGUGCAUUUAAGCCCAGCCUCUGAGUUAUUUAGACUGUUGUUCUCUUUGAUUUGGUCGACGCAUCUGAGGAGUACAAAUUCAUGACCUCGUUCCCCUGACUUCAAUUUAAUCUCAGCUCACAUCAGAUUUAAAGGGAGGAUUGGAGUUUUGCUCAGUUGUUGUAAAGUGAAAAAAAGCUGUUGUGAUUUUUCUUUUGACUGUGCCAUGUUCCAGGAUCAGGGUCCGGACUCAUGGUUAUUACAUUUGUCAGUGGCGGUAAAGUUAGUAGACAUAUCUCAGCAUUUGACAGUAUUCAUCUUCCAAACAUCAUUUCUGGGUAUUCUGACAUCUGAAACAAAAUAAACGGUGUUUAACAGA